CAUUACUCUACCACAAAAAUGGCACCCCAAUUCGAGCCUCUGAAAAACGAUUUGCUUCUCCGGACGGCAAGAGGUACAGGAAGCCUCUCUCACAGUGUUCAAUGACACGUUUAAUCAAUUGAGUAGGAGAAAAGGUGGAACGCCCGCCCAUUUGGGUGAUGCGUCAAGCCGGACGAUAUCUCCCGGAAUACCACGAAGCCAAAGGAAGCCAUGAUUUCUUCGAAUGCUGUCGCUCGCCCGAAAUCGCCUCCACCCUAACACUCCAACCGAUCGAACGAUUUGAGGGGCUCAUCGAUGCCGCCAUAAUAUUCUCCGACAUUCUGGUGAUACCGCAGGCGAUGGGUAUGGAAGUCAUAAUGGUGGAUAAGAAGGGACCGCACUUUCCGGACCCGCUACAGACACCAGAGGACAAGCAAUACCAGGAAAUAAUGGAGCGCAAGGUGGACGUCAAGGAAUCACUGGAUUAUGUCUAUAAUGCCAUAACACUCACGAGGCAGAAACUGGCAGGGCGGGUACCUCUAUUGGGCUUCUGCGGAGCUCCAUGGACGCUAUUGAGCUAUAUGGUGGAAGGCGGAGGAAGCAAGAUGUUCAUACAGGCAAAGACUUGGAUCUUCAAGUACCCAGAAGAAAGCAAGGCCCUGCUUCAGAAGAUUGCAGAACUUUGUGUGGAGUAUCUAGCUUUGCAGGUGCAAGCUGGAGCACAGAUGAUCCAAGUCUUCGACUCGUGGGCCGGCGAGCUCUCUCCUUCCUCCUUCAAGACUUUCGCGCUCCCAUAUCUGAAACACAUCGCCGACAACUUACCAAACCGGCUACAAGAGCUCGGACUUGAGCGGGUACCGAUGACCGUGUUUGCCAAGGGGGCGUGGUACGCACUGGGGGAUUUGUGCGAGUCCAACUACGACGUUGUCGGCUUGGACUGGCUCCACGAUCCCGCUGAGGCGUACAAGAUCGCGCGCUCUAAGGGGAAGACGGUCCAAGGUAACGCGGAUCCUGGUGUGUUGUACGGCGACAAGGAAGCCAUCACGGCUGUUGUCAAGGAGAUGGUCGCUGGCUUCGGCGGAGGCAAACAGGGGUGGAUUGCUAAUCUCGGUCAUGGCAUAACACCAUUUGCAAAGCCCGACGAUCUAAAAUUCUUCUUCGAAGAGAUCCACAAAUAUACAACAUAGUGUACAAUACUAAUUCGGACAUUGCAUGCUACCGAUUCCCUCGGAUCACUUGCCUUCUUCGCCGAUAUCCUCAUUCCUGGCAAGCAGUCAGUAUCAGGGCACUCUAACGGCAAUACAGGUAUGACCGACCAGUCUCCAGGCUUCUCCUGAAUGAAAUUCUUCAUCAGCUCUUGG